AUGGACAUCGACGAAGACGAUACCUACCAAUCGAUUGCCGUUGCACACAGUAGCUUUGACUUGCUACUACUGCUAGACGGUGCAUCUAUUACCUCGCACACCUAUUUCAAUCCACAGGAUCGUGCCAUUGACUAUAUGUCAAGAAAUGGAUUCCUCUCGUUCGUCAAUCCCACUCCAGUCUACCAGAGAUUCCUCGACUCACAAAUAUUCAACCAACAGAAAUCAUCAAGCGAUCCAGCACAACAAAGAAACGAACUAAUAUUAUUUGCCCUUGAAAAUAAUAUGUUUUCACUUGUAAAUGAUUAUAUACAAUCUACAACAACAGUUACAAAAGAUUAUAAUGGAAAUGAUAAUAUUUCAUAUAUUCUAUCAAAUCCAAAAUUAAUUCUGGAUUUAUCAUGGGAAUAUUUUGAACAAUUAAAUAAUAAUUUAAAUUUUGCUGAAAUAUUCACACAAGCAAGUGAGGAUCGUGGUAGACAAAGAUUGAGAGAUAGAUUAGAGAAUGUCUAUUUGAGAAUGUUGGAUAUCUUCCAGGUGUUUGAGUGUCUUUGCGAUCGAUAUAGAACUGAAUACAAGACCGAGGAGGUGACACCCUAUCUUCAGAGUAAAUACGAAGCUGUAUUGUCAGCUGCACAGUACCUGGAGAUUGUAAAGUGGUCUUCAAUCAACGGCUUGUUCAAUCCAAAGAUCAUAUCGAUACUCGAGAACCUCCCAAAGGUUUCAUCGAUCGAACGUCAACUAUUAAAAGAUCAACUGGCUUCAUCAAACUUGCCAGUCACUCAGAAAGAUCAAUUACUCUUCAUUGACAUGAUCUACGAGCAAAUGGAAAUCACCGAAUCUUAUCCACCCACCACAGCCAUCCAAUUGAAACGAUUCCUUGAUCUUUUCCAAACAAAGAAAUUCACUAAACUCCUUAAUCUUUUAUAUUAUCUCUUGUUGGAUAUGGACUUGAUUGAACCAUUACCAAAUAACAUAUUAGAAUCAUUGAGUACAACAUUCUAUAUCUCAGAAUCAGACAUUGCAUUUAUCACUGGAGUUUGGUAUUUAGAUAGUGCACCAUUAGUUGAAACCGAUAUUGAAAAGUCAACUUCUCAAGCAUAUUAUUUAUUGAAUUCGUCAAAGAAAGCAAAGAAAUAUGCAUAUUGGAUAUUGAGUAGAUUCUUUAUUAUGGGUGGUCAUAAGAAUGCCUUGUUGUUUAUGAAGAGCGUGGGAUUCGAUCCAAAGGAUACGAAAGAAGCGAUGCUCUCUGUCAAGGUUCUGUUGGCAAACGAUUGUCUGGUAGAGUCGCUGCUCUUGGAGCGAAACUUUAGAAAGAGAUUCCCAAGUUUGGAGCCAUCUGCAACUGAGCCACUGAUGCAAGAGAUCUACAACUACUGUUUGAAACACCGUCAGUUGGAUAAGCUGAUGGAGAUGCCACUCGAUGACUUUGAAGACCAGUGUUUCAUUCACUAUCUCUACAAGAUUAACGCUGUCCAGUUGGUGCCAAUCUACAUGGUAAGACGUGGUCGUAUCGCCGAGGGAGUCAACAACUACGGGCAGAUCUCACGUAACCUACUCGGAGCUGGAUUCGACGGGUUGAAAUCGAUCAUGUUGAACAAUGAAAUUGCAUUGCCAUUCGAACAGAGAAGUUUAUUCAAUAGUAAUAAUCAACAACAAGCUUCAUCACAAGUUUAUCAAACUUUUGAGGAUAUUCCAUUGUUACCAAGAUCAAUUACAUCAAAACAACAGCAACAACAACAACAAAGUCAAUCUCAACAACAAAUGGAUCAAUCAUUCCUCUUCCAACCAAAGAUUCUUGAUAAACCACCAACAAAGAUGUUUACCAAUACCAUGAAUUUAGAUGCUAAAUCAUUGGAUACCGAUUCAUUUAAGGAUUUCAUCAAGAGAAGUACACUUCCUCAGAAUAGACCACCUGCAUUCUCGUCAACUUCACAAGAUCAACAAAUGUUGGAACAACAACAACAUCAACAACAACAACAACAGGAUCAAAUGUUAGAGGAGGAAGAAGAGAGAGUAGGACAAAUUGAAUCUGAAGAGGAAAUGAUGGAAGAGGAAAUCGAAAAACUUCAACCAAAGACAGUUAUUUCAUACGAUCAAGAUAUGAUGGACGACCAAGAAGAAGAAGAAGAGGAAGAAGCUGAUGAGAAAAUGGGAGAAGAACAACAACAAGUUGUCGAAGAACUAACAUCAUCGGAAGAAGAUAUUCCCUCACCGAUUCAACAAUAUGGAUAUAACAUUGGAUCUAGAUCAUCACCAUCGUCAUCUAGUUCAUCGUCUACCUCUUCCAACUCCACUCAGGAGAGUCCAGUUUCAUCGCCAGCCGUUUGGCAACCUUUAAAGUCUGCUCUUAAAGUACGUGGUACUCCAUCUUCAAAGACCAAUCGUGUCAACAUUCAAGAGUCACUUAACAUUGAGUAUCCAAUCGAAACAAGAGCAGAGACUUCCUAUAUGGGAAGCGGAUCCGAUGAUGAAGACUACGACGACCAAGACGACUAUGACAAUAUGCACUUUGCCGAGGUCGAUGAAAAUCAAGAGGAAUACGACGAGGAUGAAGAAGAAGAGGAGGAAGAUGAUGAGGAUCUAUAUAGUGUUGGAACUCGUGGAUAUGGUCAAAAGAAUCUUGCUACCAUGGAUGAUUUCGACGAUGACGACGACGAGGACGACGACGGAAUGUACGAUGAAGAAGACGAUAUGAUUGUUCACGAGGAUGUCCCUGACCAGAAACCGAUAUUCGCCACCAUGAACUUUAGAAGAGGAGGAUAUCCACAAGAGGAACAAGACGACUACGAAGAGGAGGAAGAUGACGAUCAAUACGAUGACGAAUACGAUGAGGAGCAUCAACAGAGAUUACAACAAACAGGUGGUUCAGAAGAGCAGCCAUUUGAAAUUGUUGAUUCCGACGAAGAAGAAUCUGCCGCUCCAAAAUCAUCUCAACAACAACAAUUUGAAAAAGAAGAACAAGAAGAUGAUGAAAGUGAUAGCUUUUAUGAAGAUGAAGAUGAAAUUGAAACAACUCAAGAAGAUUUAUCACAACAACAACAACAACAACAACAACAUCAACAACAACAAGAAGUUCAACAUCAGCAACAACAAGAACAACAAAUUGUACAACAACAACAACAAGAUAGUUUUAUGAAUACAGAUACUUUGUCAACUAGUUAUAGUGGUGAAGAGAAGAGUAUGUUGGAUGAAAUUAAUGAAGCACAAGCUUCAUUCCAAAUUGACACUUCCAGUAUCCUGACUACCGAUCUUGCCGAACAAGUUCAAGAGCAAGAGAUGUCGAUUGCCGAGCAACAGAAUGUAAUCUCCUCUUUCAUGUCUGAGAUCAGUCAACAACACCAACAACAAGAAUUAUUACAUCAACAGCAACAACAAGAACAAGAACAACAAAAACAACAACAACAACAAGAACAACAUAGUCAACUUGAAGAUGCAGUUUUAUUGACCACUUCUACUGCAGCAACUGUAACAUCUGAAAUUUUAUCAACUUCCAAUGAGAUUGAUACCCAAACAGUCACAUCAACUUUAACUACUUCCACUUCAACCUCCGCUCCAACUUCAAAUGAAGAUAGUGAGAUGGAGCCAUCAUCAUCGUCACAGCUACAUGUUGGAGUUGAAGAAAUUGAAGAACAACCACUUGAAGCAUUGGAAACUUCAGCUGGUGUAGAGGAGGAAACAACAAUGGAAGAAGAAACUGUUGAUACAUCACAAUUGGAUGCACUUGACUCUGACGACAUUCCACCUAGAAUUCAAGCGGUCGACACUUCCCACCACAGUGAAAUUUCAUUCGAUACCGACACCUCCAAUUACAUGGUAGAGGAAUAUGACGAUGAAGAAAUUGAAACCGAUCAACAUUUAGAUGAGAGUGAAGUAAAGGAUGAAUCAAUAUCGAUGUCAACCGAUGAUAUUGAAAAGAAUCUCGAAGGAGGAGAGGAAGAAGAAGAGGCAGCGGAAGAAGAUGAAGAAACAACAAUGAUAACAACAUCGACUGUUUCAACAACAAUGCUAACAACAACCUCUGACGAAAAAGAAAACGAUACCACUCAAGAAGAUAUCGAAGAGGAAGAGGAAGAGAUUAUCAUUGCUAAACCAUCGAAGGCCAAAGCAUCGAAAACUCCAGCAACAUCCAAACAAACAGCCAAAAAGAAGAAAGAACCAAUUCAAAACAUUGUCGAGGCACAACAAGAAGAACCAGAACCAGAACAAGAAGAGGAAGAAGAGGAAGAGGAAGACACUACAACUGUUACCAAAUCAGUUGUCAGCAAAAAAAAGUCACCCACAAAGAAAUCAAAGAAAAACAGAAAAUCAAAAAAAUCAAAUUAA